GUGGAUGUUGCUUCAGUCAAGUGUUGGUCACUCUAGUGGGCAGAACAGUGGGUACGUCUGGGCGUGUGAGUGAUGCGGCCUUCCUAAGUCAACACAAGAACAGUGAUAUCUCAACUGUGUACCCAAGGAUGUGAUGCAUUAAAGUGUUCUUUAAUAACGAGAUUAAGACUACAUUUGGUUAUUGAAGUGGCAAGCAGUGUUUGUGUGUGGUAAUCUACUAGGGUUGUGUUGGGGGGAAAGCUGGUGCAGGAAGUGCUAGAGUCACCCAGGAAGACACAUACACAUAUACACACACAGGUACCAGUCUUCAAAUGCACGAGAGCUCAUAGUGCAUGAACCCUGAGGUAGCCAGCCGAAAGACCAUAGCUAGGGACACACUAAAUACAUCAAGUAGACUGAGAGAGCAGCUCUGAGGCACUCACCCAAGAGAUGGUGCUGAUAGUGGGAGAACACUUGGUGAAGGAGGUGCCCUCCUCCACCACGGGGAUAUACACAUCUUGGCCGCGGCUUAAGGAGACCUCCCACGCCCUCACUACCAUGCAGAGGGAGGAGGUGGGUCCACGGGGACUCCUGUACCUCCGCCAGAGGGAAUACGCCGUCACUGUACCUCACGAUGAGAACCUUCUCAUCUUGGGCACGGACGAUGCCACCACCUCCGUCAUAGCCGUCCUCAGACACACAGGUUCUGGUGCUGUGGGUCUGGCCCACUUCGACAAGUGCAGCCAUGACGAGUGCCUGAGUGGUCUGCAUAUAUGUUCUCAUGACGACGGUGUGCUACACCUGCUGACCCGCAUUAACGAGCUCUCCAUGGGCUAUACUGAAGGUCGUCUGGAACUGUGUGUGGUGGGUGGCUUCCAGGACACCCGCGCUAUCUGUGAGAAGGUCACCCUCUCUCUCCUCAAUGCCAUGCACAAGAGUCCGCCACAGAUCCACCUGGUGUUGCUGUGCACUGGAGAGAUGAACACAACACUUCGAGGAAACAUAUCAUGGCCUCUUGUCAAGGGAAUAGGUGUCAGCACACAGACAGGCAAGAUCUUUCCAGCUACUUUCACUGAUAAAGGACCAUACCUUGUUCUGCGCUCAACUAGAGUCUUCACUGGUGCACAACAGAUGGUUGAUAUAUACGACUGUGCUCUGGGGUUAUUACGGAUUGGACCUUUUAACUAUGAACCUCAUGCUGGUGUGGAACUACUACUACAACAAACAGAUGAUGUCAUCCUUCAGUGUCUCUCUACAACACCAGAAGUUGAAGAACCAAGCUGGGUCAAAAUGGUCCGGGAAGUGUUAAAACACAUCAAGGAGCAUCCAUUCCCUGCCGUCACAAUAUUCCCAGACAACAGGCCUCACUAUUUCCGUCGAGACAACUUGGGAGCAUGGACUCCUGCAGAGCUCCCUAACAACAAUGAUUCUACCCCUGAUGCUAAUGUUCAGGCAGCAGUUCAGGCUGUUGCUGGAGCUGCAGUUGCUGCCACAGGAGCCUGGACACAGGCAGGAGUCACAACAACAUCAGCAGCACCUACACCAGCUGCUCUUUCCCCUGCUCCUUGGGGUGCUUCUGUACCUCCCAGGUAUGGAUCUUUGCAUUUGGACUGCCGUUUGAAGACGCACCUAGCUGUACCACCAGUUGUAAAUCCAGGUCAACACUAUGAUGAUCCACUACUUAAUCCUGUUAAGGAUCGUUUCAUGCCAGCUUGGCAGGCCUCACAAUUGUGACCAUCCACUCUUGAUCUUCAAGACCCCUUCCCUCUGCCAGAGGGCAUGGGAGCAGGCUGAAUACCUGGCUGGGUGACGUGGCUCUGCGGCGGAGCAUCGUUGCUACAUUUCUGCACCAGCCGCCAGAAUUCAUCGUGCCAAACUGCAGACCACCACCUCAACUACAUACUGCCUGCACUACUAACUCUCACAUUUGUUAAUAUCUAGACUUACCAAUCUUAAGAAUAAAUAAGAGGAGGAGUAUCACUUUUUCAAAUAUUUCACCAUGUAUACCUACACACAUAGAUUACCUUUGUUGAUAAUAGUAAUUUUAAUGUAAGACUGAAGCUACCAGAUUAAAUGUAACUACUG